AUGAGCGUCAAGGAGUAUACAUUUAAUUUCAACCAGUUAUCUCAUUAUGCCCUAAAAUUGGCAAGUAACAUGAGAGGACGUAUGAGAAAGUUUGUAUCUAGUCUUACGGAUGAUUUGGUAUUGGACUGUAAAGGAGAAAUAUUGAAUAGGGACAUGGAUGUCUCCAGGCUGUUCGUUCAUAUGCAAUAUAUUGAGGAGCAGAAAAAAAGGGUUGCUGAAGCAAGGGAGAAAGACAGGCAGACUAAGAGGGUGCCCAGACCUCAUGUUGAUUGGCGAUUUCAGAAUCUGCAGCCUAACAAUGGGCCCAGGUACAGGAGGGAUCGCCCUACUAUUAGAGGAAAUAUUGGGGGCGUUGAGUCCCGAGAAAAUUCCUCAGCACCACCACCACCUCCCAAGGGCACUACUUCAGCUACCGACGGUAGUCACAAUCGCCUAUAUGCUUUGUCUAACCGCCAGGAUGUAGAGGCUUCACCAGAUAUUGUCACGGAAGGAAUUUUUGUCUAUGAUGAUCACUGGGUUGUUGGUAGAAAUGAAGAAGAAGCUCGAGAUUUGGCUGGUAGGAAUCCGGAAGGAGAUUAUUGA